GGGCCAGGUGCCUUAGUUGGGAGGGCAGUCUGGGGCUUGGGGCACUCUUGACUCUCCAGGCCUGCCAUGGGAUUCUGGUCUCCAGCUUGGGGUCUUGGGCUUUAGGGGCCUGGAUUUGGGCUUCCCGCCUUCCCCCACUUUGACCUGGGGAUCAUGGAGUCCAACCUGCAGGGGACAUUCCUGCUGAACAAUGCACCGCUGGCCCAGUUCUCGGAGAUGAAGGCCCCCGUGUGCCAAUACUCUGUGCAGAACUCCUUCUACAAGCUCAGCCCUCCUGGGCUGGGCCCCCAGCUGGCAGCCGGGACCCCACACGGGAUCACAGACAUCCUGAGCAGGCCUGUGGCCACGCCGAACAGCAGCCUCCUCUCCAGCUACCCCCACGUGGCAGGCUUUGGCGGACUCAGCUCCCAGGGGGUCUACUAUGGCCCCCAAGUGGGGAACUUUUCCAAGGCUGGGAAUGAGUACCCAACCCGGACCCGGAACUGCUGGGCGGACACAGGCCAGGACUGGCGAGGCGGGCGGCCAUGCAGCAACACCCCAGAUCCCCUGGGUGACAGCAUCCAUAAGAAAAAGCACACCAGGCCCACCUUCACAGGACACCAGAUCUUUGCCCUGGAGAAGACUUUUGAGCAGACCAAGUAUUUGGCUGGCCCUGAGAGGGCGCGGCUGGCAUACUCACUGGGGAUGACCGAGUCACAGGUCAAGGUGUGGUUCCAGAACCGCAGGACCAAGUGGCGCAAGAAGAGCGCCGUGGAGCCCUCGUCCCCCUCGCUCCGGGCCCCGGGCGGCGCGGGCGCAGGCGGGGACCGCGCGGCCUCCGAGAACGAGGACGACGAGUACAACAAGCCGCUGGACCCCGACUCGGACGACGAGAAGAUCCGGCUGCUGCUCCGCAAGCACCGCGCCGCCUUCUCGGUGCUCAGCCUGGGCGCGCCCAGCGUGUGACUCCCCGGCCGGCGGCCCAUCAGCACCGCGGUCACCGCCCCGUCUCCGCGGGCCCCGCUGCGGCGCCUCCCCUUCCCCGCGCGGCCGGGGCCCGGGGCUGCGGCCGGGGGCGAGGGAGGAGCCGGCCUGCUGGCGACGGAGGGCGCGCACCAGGCCCCGCAGGCCCCUCCUGGGACGCCGCGCGCGCCCUGCCGUCCAGCACCUCGGCGGGCCCAGGCCUUGUCCUGCCAGGUCUGCAAAUCCCCAAAGCACAGGCAGAUGAUACUGCGAGGCUCUGCAGCCAGGAAACUGGCUAUGGGGCCCUGACGCGCCAUACCCAGCUGUUAGCCGGCUGUGGGGAACCGUUUCCCAGGGAGGCAGGUCCCAGGUCUGGGUGUCCCAUCUGCUCUGGGAGUCAAGAAACCAGGGCACUGGGCCCAGGGGGACUGCUGGCUGGCUGCAGAGGAAAAGCUGGCAUGCCCUGAUACCCUCCUCGGACCUUGGCCCAGGAAGGACCCACUGUAAGGGCCAGGGCCACAUACAUCCCGCAGGCCAGAGGGGCUCCCCUCGUGGAGGGGGGAGAAGUUCCCAGGAGAAGAAAUAUCCCUGCCACCUAGACCCAAGAAUAAAGGGGGACAUCCUACUGGCCUCCUUUCUCCACUUUAACCUCUGCCCAAGACAGGAAGGGACAAGAAGCCCCCACCGGCUGGGAAACCAGGGAGGUUAUGGGCAAAGCAGAGCCAAGAGAAAGAACACUACAGCCACCCACCUGGGCUUCCCUGGGUGCUGAUGCAAGAAGCUGGGAGAGGGAGGGACGCAGGGCAGGAAGGGACAUCCGAAGCCCCGGCUCCUCCAACCGGGGUAUGCCCAUCCCCCCCAGGAAGGCAGAGGCUCCUGCAGGGAGGCCUGCACCAGGGGCUUUCAUGGGACCCACAACCCUUCCUGCCCUUGGACCACCCUGCAGCCUGGCCUUGGAGCUGGGGCUGCCGAGGGACCUGGCCAGCCAGGUGGUGUUUUCAGCCCAGGUGAU